AUGUCUAACUUUCAAAAAUUACCGUCAUUUUUUAAAGAAGCUAAGGAAGAUUUAAGUAUUGAGCAAACAAAUGAAAUUAGAAGAGCAUUAGGAUUAAGACCUAUACCUCACGAGAAUUCUGAAACUACUAAUAAAAAUACAAAUGAUGAGUGGUUAUCAUCUUUAAAGGAGAAAUCGAACUCCUCAAAGGUUAAAGUAAUAAAAAAGAGUGACAAAUCUUCAACUAUACCCUCCAUCUCAUUAGGUACUAAUAUUGAAGACAUACAAGUUGGUAGAGAUACGAUAUUAACUUUAAAAGACCAGAGCAUAUUACAACAAGGUGAACUUAAUGAAAAUGACGAUGAAUAUGAGGAUAUUUUGGAGCAAGAGAGUAUUCAACAAGAUAAAAUUGAUAUACAUAAUUACAAUUUAAAACAGAUGAAUAAAGCUAGGAAACGAAAUAAGACUAUUUUGAAUGUUACUAGUGCUGAUAUCGAUGAAUCUGAAAAAUAUUUAUCUGUUGAUGAUAAUGGAAUGAAGGUGAGUGUCGGUGCCACUAUGAAUGUACUAAAUUCAAAUCAACAAAACGAAAUUUUUAAUGAAGAUGUUAUUAAGGGCAAAGUAAAAGUUGUAUUAAAUUUUGAUGAACAAGAUGCAACUGAUUAUGAAGCUAUUUCCAGAGAUUUUCAACCUGUUAAAAUAAAAAAGAGAAAGAGAAAUGAUGAUAAGAUGACUACAAAAAGAAUAAAACUGCCUAGUGAGAUAAAAAGUUUUGAUAUUAUCGAUGAAGACAAGAAUAGUGAGGAAAAUGAUGAUGGAGAUUUAUUCGGACCUUUAAUCAUGCCUAUUAGAAAUAAUAAAAAUAAUGUAAAAUCUUCUGAUCAGCUAAUAAAGGAUAUUGAAAGGGAAAAAUUGGAAAGAAUUAAGUUCAGUGAGUUAAAUAGCACAAAAGAUGAAGCAAAAGAUGCCACAUUAACAAUUGGUGGUAACACUUCCUUCAUGGAAUCUUUAAGUAAUAAUGUUUUAGAAAAUAUUGAUUUUAAUUCGGAGCAAGCACCUACAGAAUCAUCGAAAGGUGAAGCACAUAAUCGCAAUGAACUACCAACAGAAGUAUCAGUAGUCAAUGGUAUCCAGUCUAAAUUUAAUAAUAAUAAUAAUGUAGAAAUCGAAAAAAACAUCAGUAUUGAUAGUCUUGAUAAUAGCAAUGUUAAAAAUGAACUAAAUUUUUAUGAUGGUGUCGCUUCGACGUUAAAAUUUUUAAGCAAUUACAAUUCAAGCAUAAAAACAUCAAGGAAGGAGACUGGGUAUGAAAAAAGUCAACAAAUGCAAGACAAUACUGAACAAAAUACAAAAAAAAUAUCAAGCAGUGCAUAUAAUCCAAGCAUAAAGUUAGUUUAUAAAGACGAGGAUGAAAAUGAAUUAACAACAAAAGAAGCAUACAAGCAAUUAUCUCAAAGGUUUCAUGGUACAAAAAGUAAUAAAAACAAAAUUAUGAAGAAUAAAGCCAAGAUCAUUGCUAGGAAUAACCUUAAAAACAAGAAUAAUAUAUUUGAUAUUUAA